UUUCACAUUAGUUCAUUGAAAAAUCCUCCUGUAUGAUGCCAGUGCAACUGGAAGUGAUGAUGAUGCAAGUGAAGAAGCGGAACGGGAGGAAGAUACAGGAGAAGGGCAGGAAGAGGAGGAGGAAAAGUCGAAUACCAAGGAUGAAGAGGGAAUUGGCAACAAUUAGGUAGGUAUCAGCUUCUAGCCUUCAAGCAUGCGUGUCAUUACAUGAACUUUCUAGUACACAAGCCACUUUACAAAAGCUGGCAAAUUCACUUAGUUAUGCACACACUCUCUACAGGCGUUGGCUCCGUUUGUAGAAUAAAGCGAAUGCCCAGCACACGACUUUACAUAAACGUCGGCGCGAGAACUUCGAGUAGCGGAAGAAGAUUGAUGACUGGAGAUCCAAGUGGCAGGCGCAGAGGCCGAGCAUUGUUGACUCCCGUUUGCAUUGCUGCGCCUCCUUCAAAGACGAAGAAGCUCAUAAUAUUAUAUUCACUGAUACAGUCCGCAAUCAAGUCCACACAAAACACACACACACACAUACACCCAACAUGAAGCUCUUUCCCUCUCUCAUCCUGGUUGCCAUCUGCUUGCACCAUUGCAUGCAACAAGUAGUUGCGGAAGAACCCGCUAGUACUAGUAGCACAAGAACGAGCCUCCGUGGUGGUGGAACUAUUACAAGAAAUCACCAAGAGAGCACCAACGCGCCUCCUCCCACAGAAAACCUCCAAGAAGAAGAGAGCACGCCUCCUCCUCCAGCAGUAGUCCAUCAAGGAGACCAGCUCACAUUGACACGAGAUGCCAAGCGUGUCGUUGGUCUCGACAAUCAAGGCCCGUAUUUGGGCAUCAACUACAUUGUGGCCACGCAAGGUACCUUCCCGGCAUACGCUGGAGGACGCCAAUCCAGUGGCCCCAUGUUGGGAGAGAUUCGCAUGUUUGCGGGUAACUUUGCCCCGGCGGGGUGGGCCUUUUGCAACGGUCAAGUGCUGUCCAUCCAAAGCAAUUCCGCACUCUUUGCCAUCUUGGGGUCGAUCUACGGAGGCGAUGGACGCAACACAUUUGCGUUGCCCGAUUUCCGGGGGAGAUCUUCGGUUCAUGUGGAUUCGAACCACAGAUUGGGGUUCGCCGGUGGAGUCCAAACGCAUGUGCUGGCUAAUGAGCACCUGCCAAAACGCACCGAGUACACGGUCGAAUCUGUGGUUUGAACCAGAGGAAUAACUCGAUAUAGAUAGAUGAUUGGCUGAGCUUGCUAACGUAGGUAGAGGUAACCGAGGAAGUAGCCGACAAGCACAGCAUAAGGUGCAUGUAAGCGUAUAGAUGAGG